AUGGUAAUCUCCACCCCCACAACAAACGCAGUUCAAAAUACAGUUGGUUCAUCACCUGCCGCUCGUCCCUGCUGCCCCCUGCUGACCCGCUGCUGCCCCCUGCUGCCCCCUGCUGCUCGCUGCUGCGCCCUGGGCUCCCUGCGGCCCUGCUGCCCCUGCUGCUCCCUGCUGGGCCCUGCUGCUCCCUGCUGCCCCCUGCUGGCCCCUGCUGCUCCCUGCUGCUCCUGCUGGCCCCUGCUGCUCCCUACUGCCCCUGCUGCCCUGCUGCUCCCUGCUGCCCCUGCUGGCCCCUGCUGCUCCCUGCUGUGCCCCUGCUGCUCCCUGCUGCCCCCGCGGCCCUGCUGCUCCCUGCUGCCCCCUGCUGGCCCCUGCUGGCUCCACUGCUGGCCCCUGCUGCUCCCUGCUGCUGCCCUGCUGGCCCCUGCUGCUCCCCUGCUGCCCCCCUGCUGGCCCCUGCUUGGCCCCUGGCUGCUCCCUGCUGACCCCUGCUGGCCCCUGCUGCUGCCCCUGCUGCCCCCUGCUUGCCCCGGCUGCUCCCUGCUGCCCCUGUCUGGCCCCUGCUGCUCCCUGCUGGCCCCCUGCUGGCCCCGUGCUGCUCCCUGCUGGCUCCCUGCUGGCCCUGCUGCUGCCCUGCUGCUCCCCGUGCGGCCCCUGCUGCCCCUGCUGCUCCCGCUGGCCCCUGUGCUCCCUGCUGCUCCCCUGCUGGCCCUGCUGCUCCUGCUGCCCCUGCUGGCCCCUUGCUGA